AUGGAAUCACCUUUACCAUCACCACCGUCAUCAUCAUCGUCGACAAAAUUAGUCGUCACAGCAGAGAAUGCGUUGUCCAGGUUGCGCGUUGUUGAAGAGGACGACAAAGAAAAGAUUACACAGCAUUCGCCUCCUCCAAUGACACCGUUAUCCCCGAUAAAGAUUAAGACGGACGAAGAGGAAACCGCGAGAACGAAGAAACCGACGACGCUGUUGGAAAAGAUGCGACCGACGAGUUUGAAAACCAAAAUUAACGAGAAUCUUCAACCGUCUCUGAGGAUGAGAGUGACCGCGAGCACGGACGAGUUGCUCAAUUUGGAAAUCAGAGAGAAAAACUAUCGCGAGUGCAGACACGAAGCGUCCGCGAUAUACGAGAGUUUCCUCUACGUCGGCGGAGACGAGCUGGUGAAGAAAGAGAAACACGCGAGAAAACUGAAAGAAGAAUUAAACGUGAGACGGAUUUUGUGCUGCUACGAGAACGAUUCGAACAACAACAACAACGGAGGAUUGUUGAACGACGAAUGUCUCUCGCCGGGGAGUUGCGCGAGCGGGACGAGCGCGUCCACGCCAACGCCGAGGACGACGGAGGGAGGAUCAUCAUCAGACGAUAAAUUUGAUUCUUCCACGUAUUUUGAACGCAUGUCGUUGCCGCUGAUGGAUACGAGCGAUGAAGAUAUCGCGUGCGUUUUGUACGACGCGUUUGAUUUUAUGCUCGGCAACGAACGCAGAGAGUGCGUGUGGGAGAAGAACAUCAACAGAAGGGAAAAAGAAGAGGAAGAUUAUGAAGAAGAAAAAGAUGAUGACGAUGAAGAAGGUGGGUGUCUCGUGCACUGUCAAAUGGGCUGUUCGCGUUCGGUCGCUAUUUGCGUCGCGUUUGUCAUGUGGAGAGAAGGUUUAGCCUACGACGAAGCGUUUGAAAGAGUAAAGAAAGCGCGCUCGAUUGCUCGUCCAAACAUUGGGUUCGUGAAGACGUUGGAAGCGUGGCACGAAGCGAGAACGAAUCGAUCGACUAGUUCAUCGUCGUCUUCGAUGCUUUCCGACGUUGUCUCGUACAGAAUAGUCGAACACAAAAACAGAAAAGGAUACAUCGUCCCGAAGCGCGAGAAUAAUAAUACUACGAAUAAUAAUAGCAGCUAUAACAACAACAACAACAACAACAACAACAACAACAACAACAACAAGAAUAACAACAACAACAUCGGAGGAGGAGAAGGUGGAAUGUCGCCAGUCAGUUGCUGUUUAAGCCCGAAAGACGACCCGAACUUGGUCGCCUUGCGCUUCAAAAACGAAACCUUCUUCAGUAAGAAAAAUACGAAAUGCGACGACGACUACAAAACAUUCUUACAGCCGACGAUAAUCGUCGGCGACCGAGUCGACCGCGAAAACGACCCGAGAGUAGACGAACAAACGCUCGAUAAAAUCACCAAGCAAAUUCUAUUCUACGAGUACGGCGUUCGAGUUUCGCGCGAGUUUUAG